GCGCUAAACAGAGCAACCCAAAAUCUCAAAUGCGCCUUUACCAUCUUUUAAGGGAGAUCUAAAACUUUGCCGGCUGCCUUGUUUCGACGCACUUUUGCUUCCUACAAUUUCCAGCUUUUUAGACUUCAAGGAAAUCCCUAUCUUGGAUCACUGCUUCAUGCGCUCCCGUAGAGUCUACAAGGCUGUGUGUGACCUCUCCCCCUCCCCUCCCGCGACCUCUGAACCCCAGUCAACCUUCACCCCCUCCCCUCCCUGAGGCCAGACUGUGAUCCAUGGCGCUGGAGAAGCUUCUGCGUUUCGGGAAGCAGUUGCUGAGGGUGAAGGUGGUGGACUGUAACACAGAGGACUCCCGUCUGUCCCGAUGCCUCAACACUUUCGACCUGGUGGCCCUGGGCGUGGGCAGCACGCUGGGUGCUGGUGUCUAUGUGCUGGCUGGCGCCGUUGCACGAGAGAAUUCAGGUCCUGCGAUUGUGUUGUCUUUCCUGAUAGCAGCCCUAGCCUCAGUAUUAGCCGGCCUGUGCUAUGCUGAGUUUGGAGCCCGUGUCCCAAAGACAGGCUCAGCUUAUCUUUACUCCUAUGUGACUGUUGGGGAACUCUGGGCCUUCAUCACUGGAUGGAACCUCAUCCUCUCCUAUAUCAUUGGUACCUCCAGUGUGGCCCGAGCAUGGAGCGCUACCUUCGACGAGUUAGUAGGGAAGCGCAUUGAGCAGUUCUGCAGAGAGUACAUGUCCAUGAAUGCACCGGGUGUAUUAGCACAGUACCCUGACAUGUUUGCUGUUGUCAUCAUAAUCACCUUAACAGGUCUGCUGGCAUUUGGGGUCAAAGAGUCAGCGAUGGUAAACAAGGUGUUUACGUGUAUCAACAUCCUAGUCUUGUUGUUCAUGGUCGUCUCUGGCCUGGUCAAAGGCACUUUAAAGAACUGGCAGCUUGACCCUGAAGAGAUCCUUCAUGCCAAUUAUACCAGUAACUCCAGCCUCAAUCUGACAGAAACCCUGCCAAGCAAAGAGAUAUUAGGAGUGGGCGGCUUCAUGCCGUUUGGUUUCACAGGUGUCCUUUCAGGAGCUGCUACCUGCUUCUAUGCCUUUGUUGGAUUUGACUGCAUCGCCACCACAGGUGAAGAGGUGAAGAACCCCCAGAGAGCCAUCCCCAUCGGCAUCGUAUCCUCGCUGCUCAUCUGCUUUGUAGCAUACUUUGGUGUUUCUGCAGCCCUCACCCUCAUGAUGCCCUACUACCUGCUGGACAGCAAAAGCCCCCUGCCUGUAGCCUUUAACUAUGUGGGCUGGGGAGGAGCCAAAUAUGCCGUAGCUGUAGGCUCUCUUUGUGCUCUGUCUACGAGCCUGCUGGGUGCUAUGUUCCCUAUGCCUCGUGUGAUCUGGGCUAUGGCCGACGAUGGGCUGCUUUUCAAGUUCAUGGCCGAGAUCAGCCCCCGCACCAAAACCCCGCUAACUGCAACCCUCACCUCUGGCAUAGGGGCAGCUAUCAUGGCAUUUCUGUUCGACCUGAAGGACCUGGUGGACCUGAUGUCAAUAGGGACCCUGCUGGCCUACACAUUAGUGGCUGCCUGUGUUCUGGUUCUGAGGUACCAGCCCGAGCAGCCCUCUCUUGUGUAUCAGAUGGCCAAUACCCAGGAUGAGGGGGAGCUGAGCGAUGGCAUCAGUGUUCCUAGUAUGGGCAUGCUGCCCGGCAUGGAGGAGAAGUUCAGCGUCAAGACCCUCCUGUUCCCGGACAACUCUGAACCAUCCACAUUGUCGGGCUUCUCUGUCAACAUCUGUGCCUCUGUGUUGGGAGCAUUAAUCCUGGCAUUCAGUGUACUGGCAGUGCAGGGGGGCACUGCUGUGUGGAACGUCAUAGCCCUCAGUGUCAUCUUCAUGGUGUGUCUCCUCCUCACCUUCAUCAUCUGGAGACAGCCUGAAAGCAAGACGAAACUCUCCUUCAAGGUUCCACUGCUGCCCUUCAUUCCAGUGAUCAGUAUGUUUGUAAAUGUGUACCUGAUGAUGCAGCUGGACAGAGGCACUUGGAUACGAUUUUCUGUUUGGAUGGCUCUAGGUUUUGUGAUCUACUUCUGCUAUGGCAUUCACCACAGCGCUGAGGCCGCUCUGGCCCGCUCGUCUCCAGAAACAGAGAUGGACAGUUUCAAACAUGACCACAAUUCAGAGGCCAUGUCACCAGAGAAGGAGGCCUUCCUGCACAACGGCAUCGAUGCCAUCGACGAGGACGAUGGAGAUUUGUAGACUGCAUUAGAACAUGCUGUGUACAUUUCCAACUCACCUGACACCAGUCUGUGUGUGUAUUAUUUUCGACUGGAUGACUCCCCUUGCUGGCAGCACUCUGGUUUGGACAAAGCAAUGAUAAAUAACUUUGACCUAAAAUCCCCAAACCUGUGACUCUCCCCUUGACUGCCAGGCAGAAAACAGAAAAGUUGGCACUUCUUUAGCCAUAAUAGACAUGUUCUGUUAUUCGAGUAUUUUGUAAUAAGCUUGUUACCCCUUCUGUUUGGCCUUGAGCUUCAGCUGCUUGUUAUCGCUUUGCUGUCUGAGGGGGGAGGGCUCAUGCUGGAGACACAAAACAUCUCAGUGUUUCAGGGAAGUUAAGUUGAGGUCUGGGUAAGAGUACAUUGCUGGCAGUAGGACUAUGCGCACAUGUGUAACAGCUUUCGUCUGGAUGCCAGAAUGUUCAAUAGUAAUACAUUUUCUUGUCUUUCUGUUUAUGAAAACAUAUCUACUGUAUAUAUAUAUAUAUAUAUAUAUAUAUAUAUAUAUAUAUAUAUAUAUAUAUAAAUGAUUCUGAAAAUCAGAUAACACAAUAUGUAUUUCAUACAGAUUGGUACUAUUAGCUACAUUCUCAUAAACCUGCCAACUCUUAUGUAACUGAUGUUGAAAUGCUGCUCUAACAGUCCCCCAGACAAGUGAGAGCUUACACAAUACAAUGCAACACGCUUGUCUGUGACAUAAUUCCCUGUGUUCACUAGCAGAAAAGGGUGGUCGGACCAAUGGCUGUGCAUACAGUACAAGCUGGCCAGCAGGGAGCUGUAGUUUACAGUUUCCAUGAGUCUAAUUUUAAAUCUGAAGGACUGCAUUGAUACCGUCAGUCACAAGCCUUGGAUCUGGCUGCAAAUGAUGAUGCUGAAAUGUCUGUAACAAGACACUUAACGACGUAUCCUGUUGGACAGUUCAUUACUCUGAGACACAGCGAUUCAGAGGAAGUGUCUAAAGCCUGACAGGAACAUUUUAAAUUUCUCAAAGUGAAAAUAUGCUCUCUUAUUUGGCAUAUUUAAUGCCCAUGGUAAAUAGGUGGAAUCUGGUUUGUGAAUCCUGAUAUAAGUUGAGCUGGCCUGACUCCAGAGCUUUGAAUCCGCCCUCAUGAAACAGCAGUUUUUCCGUUGAAAAGGACCCAGUGAGGACUAAUGAUAAGCCAGUCAGCACCACAGGUGGGACUAAUGCUGGCACCAUCGUCAAGCUGUGCGGCAGAACCAAUGUAGAGUGAUUACAAUGGCGACUACUUUAGACAAGAUAGACGCUGCUCUCAAUACUGCCUGAAAUCGUGGUUUGAUAUACCUCACUGCCGCCCCACUCCUAAAACCCCAACCAAACCGGUAUGCUGGCAUGGCGACGCAUCAGUUUGGACUUAAGGUGACCUUAGAUUCAGGUGGAUACAUUGGUCUCUAGUAAUUGGUUAGGAGACAGUCCAAUCCCCCUCCCCCACGGGAAACACUUGGAGUGGAGGCAAGGUCAGACUGAAGAUGGACACGGAGUGUAACGAGUUGGCAAUUGUGUCUGAUAUCCGGCAAAUGUUGAGUAUCAGGUGAAGACAGUGACAGCUGCUGAAUGUCAGUUACCGCCAUGUAACAUUAGAUGAUAGUGGAUUUUCACAGUGCUGGCUGCUGUGUCUUUUUGCAACUGUAACUUGUAACAUUUAGCUUGUCUUUAAAAAAAAAAAAGAAGAAGUCAGGCCGAUCUUUUUUUUUCUCAUGUUCAAUUUCAGUUGGAAAUUGGGGUGUGUUAUGCUUGUAGUGGUGGCUUAUGUAGCUAUUCAUUUUUGAAUUCAAUUUCAAUUAUCUUUAUUUUCAGAUUUGUCUUCAGACCUAACCAACUUUGACUCAAGUUACAUCAGACUUUAUGCCUCUUCCUCUUGAGCCACAACAAAACCCAACGUUAAUGCAGUAGUAAUCCACAAGAUGUGUAAACGGACUCUAGAGACCGUGAGACAAAAGUUUAAUUCGUCGUUUAAAUGCAGGUCUGUUAGUUUUAGCCUUUCAAUGCAUUAACUGCGGUUUUGGGAAUCCUUUACAACAAUGUACCUGUCUAUAAGUAGACACAUGUAAUCAAGAUUGUGUAUAUAAGAUAUUGUUUAUAUUUCUUGUAGUAAAUUAUUUGUAAAUUGGAGAAAAGGCUUAUGUUAUGUUGCCCUGUUUGUAUCUGAUAUUGUGCUCCUUAUAUUGUGUUUACAUGAUCAGUGCAACUAAAACUUCAUCCUCAGGGUUGGAAAAGUCGCUGCCUUCACCUUCUUUUGUCAUUUCUUAACCAGUGAUGCCUCAUUAAUAAAAACAAUUGUCAGAAUAACACCAAUGGUGGAAAGUAACUAAGUACAUUUACUCAAGUACUGUACUUAAGCACAGAAUAAUUCUACUCCGGUACAUCUCAGAGCUCUUUUCAGAUAAUUUUUCAUACCCUUCCUGUCCAGUGAAAACCAUGUAUCUCCAUAUUUGGUGAUUUAUUUUAUCUUUUUUAAAUAAAGCAAAGAAUAAAGUUUUCCUUAUGGGGUUAAAAUACAUUUUACUUCUUCUCACAAGACAGCGACACCAUAAAUAUAUGAUGAACUUAUAGACAACAAUGCAUUGCUGUAGACUACCCAACAGUGUAUAAAGGAGUUAAAAUGACCACACGUGCACAUCUAUAGAAGUAAAAUGAAACAUACACAUUAAUACAGUGGUAAUAUUAAUCAAAAAACAUCAUAUAUAAUGGUGAAACACUGGCAGGAAACUUUUUACUUUUACUUUUCACAUUUUGUUGAUAACACUUACCCACUUUAAUUUGAGUAAAAUAUACACAUACUUCUUCCACCACUGUAAUAAAACACUAAACUAUAGGAUAUCAGCGUGACUGUGGCAGAAACGAGAUUUUGGGGGUCAUACUGGGCUGUAGUAGACGUGUAAUAAUAAUCCGUGACAAGUAUCACUUUGAUCAAAUAUGCAUGGCUGAUUUUUCUAGAACUUUCUGUAGUUUGUGUUCCCAAAACAUUAAUAUAUCUUGCUGAGUUGUUACACAAAGUAAUUACACUGAAAUCCAGGAUUACAAGAAUGCAGAUACACAGGAAGUCAAAGCAUAUUAACUUUAUAUGAUUAAUAGGAAUCUGCCUACGCACAGUAUGCCAUAACAGUAUAACAACAAUAUAACUGAUUAAUGUUUUAAAUUAAAGUCUCCUUGUUAAGUUUAAAACAUACAAAGGGAUUCAUGUGUAUUUUAAAAAGUCUAUCUUCUGGCAUAAUCAGUACUUGUUUAUCCUUCACGUCAUGACAAACCUUAGUGUUUACCUUUGAAAUAAAUGCUACACAUACAGGCCUAUAAACAGAUAAAAGAAGGAGCUUCUUCUUUUUCCCUUUGAUGCUUUAAAAAUCAACGGUCUUUAUCUUUCCAAUUACAUUACAUGUGUCACAUUAUCAGGCUUUUGAUGUGAUGUUGAUGAUGGCUUCAUGUUUAUGUCAUUCAGCUGUGAUUUCAUCACAUUCUCAGACUUUACUCCCCUGUUUUGCUUGCAUUUUCUGUGGUCAUUGUUGGAUUACAGUGUGUUCAAUAGUGUGUUAAUGUUGAAAAAAAAAAGCACAAAUAAUAGUCUGUAUAUGUGGGUGACAUCAGGGGUUCUUGUUUUGUUAUUCAUAACUGGCCUCAUUAGGGGUUUUUUUUAAUGGAGCUUUCAAUCGAAUCCCACAUCCUUCUUCAUCAGAUGGAGGCAGCUCAGUUGCCAACAACUACAUCUGCUGAAGAAGACCAAGAGAUGUUGCUGAAAGCUCCAUAAAAAGCUAUUAAAUGGGCUUUGAGUUAUGUUUUUUUCUGAUGUUUUGUAUAUUUUCAGGCACCUGUAACCUAUACAUGUAAUAGGCCAGCAUAAACUGGGUUCCAGCUCUAUUUUAAAAUGUUUAACAAUUGUUUGACAUGACUGUUUCUAUCAAGACAAAAAAAAAGACAGUCGUUCUAUAGGCUAUUUUGCUACAUUUCACAUUUAAAGACAAAGGGUGUCAUCAAAUCCCACCUAAGGGCUGUGCCAUUGUCAAGGAUGCAUGUAUGUAUCCUCGGCAGGUAAAAGUACCCACGAUUCUUAGUGUACGUGUUUUUUUUAAGUGACAUCCUGAAAUAUGUUCCUCCUAAAAUUCACAUGAAUCUGAAAAUACUGCUCACAUCUGCUCAAAUUGUACAACAAAAUCAGAGAGCGUCAAAAUUAUCAUAGUAUCCUGAAACCUCCUCAGUCUGCUGAGGGUUAAUGACGCACACGUGAGGACACUCGUUAACCUGUUCCAACAUGUAGGAUCCUUUCUUGGAAAGACUCGUCCUACCAAGAAAGGAUCCUUGACUUUGAGAAACACUAACUGUGUUUGGCGCCAUCUGCUGGUAUUAUUAGGAACGACCUGACCCAGAGAUACUAAGAAAGAGGAUCUGAGAAAAUCAUGGAUUAUUAUUAUAUUAUCAUUUUUUUUCUAGGAAGAAAAACAUAAACUCAAUCAAACAAAAAUCCCACACAUAAAAACUUUAAUAUCAAUGUCACCAUGUCGGCGCUCACUAUUUUCUUGUCCCCUUGUCGUCUGUUUGUCUUUUUGUUAAAGUGUUUGUAUGUUUCACUUGUUCCUGUAAAUAAAAUGACCUUUUUAACAUCCAGA